UUCAAAUUGGUUGGAAAUAGGCAGUCGGAAGCAUAUUCAAAAGAUAAAUCUAUUUUCUUGAACUUAAUCUGUAAUGAGGUUAGUAAGGAUUCCGUUCAUACCGUUUAAUGUAAACUGGAUAAGGCUUAAUUGAGAUGCUAAGUUAAACAUCGAAAAAUGCAGUUAUCAUCGAGACUCCUGUACUUCAUCUUAAGUUUGCUACAUUUUCAAUUAACUGUUCUAGCAAAAGUGCGUGGCAUUCCGGGUGUGGAUUAUCCUAAUUAUUCUUCUAUACCCAAAACUUCUUUUAAAUGCCCAGAUUUUAAGCCAGGAUUUUACGCGGAUUUAGAAACAAGGUGUCAGGUUUUCCAUUACUGCUACGAGCAUCGAAAAGAGAGCUUUUUGUGCCAGGAAGGUACGAUAUUUAACGAAGCAAUUAAAUCUUGUGAUUACUGGUACAGCUCAGAAUGUGAUUCCACACAAACUUUGUAUGAAGCUACAGAAAGAAAAUUGAAACAGAGUCCAUACAAUGAUGUUCCACUAGUACCGGUUAAUGCUGAAACUAACAAUAUCUUUGACAAAAUGGCCGCACUUUAUGAACCAAAGAAGCAUACUGAAAACUUUAUGCUCAAAGAGCAAGAAGAAAAAGCUGGUAAUAACUAUUUUGAAGAUUUAAGCGAUAAUGGCAACGAAAACUAUGAAACUGAUUCUACUUAUCCCCUUCCUGCACCAGAGAUACUUUUGAAUGAGAUGACAGAAAACAGCCUAACGGAAGAUAAUAUUAGUGAUUUCGUUAAAUACGAACAUGAUUCAGUAGAAGGAGAUGGUGUCGAUAUCAGAUUUCACGACAAUUCUGUUCAAAUUUUUCCAUAUAAUAAUAAUGAAGUUUAUAUAAGCAGCAUUGGGUCUCUCAGUGAAACUGAGUCUAGUUAUCUGAACCAAGACACCACGACUGAUAAAAAGAACAAGUAUGAAAGAUACAAUACUGAAGAGCAGAAUAAAUUAUUCACUACCCAUUAUCCUCAACCCUUAGAUAACAUUAACUUUUCUGAUCAUGAAUCAUCUGGAAGUUUGUUGAUCAAACGCUUAUCAGACAAUUCAGAUGUGCCAAAGAAAAGGUUUCGUCGAAAACCAACAUACGUAGUUUUACAAACUCAAGAAUCAGAUGAAUCCACUUCAAAAAGCACUGCAUAUGGCGUGGAACAAAAUCAAGCAAUCAAAGAUGUAUAUGGUGAUAAAUCGAAUGCAUACCACCACACUUUUCUUACAGAGUCUCCUACACCAGGUAUCAAAGAGACUGAAACCAAAUUGAAAGAAGAUUUAGUUCAGAAGUCUGAUAGAAAAUUUAGAAGAAAUAGGAAAACUCUUCAGACGUUUACAGAUCAAUCGGAAAAUCUCCAAAAUGAAGCAAAAUUUGCGGAAGAAUAUCAACCAACCAAAGAUAUAUACAUUGAUGCAGUGACUGUAUACCAAUCUUCACACAAAGAGUCAACUCUUACACACUUUCCAGAGGCUGGGAAAAAUUCUGAGAAUAUUAAGAUGUCCGUCAAGAAACCUAGACAAAAUAGGAAAAAAAUUCAUAUGUUAGUUGACGAACCGGAUGAAGAAAAUGAUGAAACAAAAGAACUUGUUAAAGAAUAUGAAACUAUAAAAAAUGUAUACUCUGAUAAAGAAAAUGCAUAUCACUCUUUGCAAACAAAUACAGACUCGUUUAUAUUGGAUAAAGUAACUGAAAACAAACCUGAGGUUUUCAAUAUAUCUGCUGGAAAACCAAUUCUAAAUAAAACCCUUGGAAUGUACAUCGGUGAAUCUAAAAAAACCAACGCCGAAUUAACGGAAUCAACUAAAUUAAAUCAAGAAUUUAUAAUGCCUGCAAAUAUAAUGAGCCCUUCCUUCGAAACUGACGAGGAACCUGUAAUUUUAGUGUCAAAUGAUACAACUAUUUCAGAAGCUCAUACUUUCAUAACACAACCGGCAAUAACUCAAGCCGCAAUAUCAAUUACACCAAUAGCACCAGAUUCAAUUACUAUACUUAAACUUAUAGAAAAUGAACUAGAAGACGCAGAUGUUAUAAUGAAAAAUUUCUCACAUGUAGAAGAACCUCAUAUUAGUUCUCAUGAGCUGAAAACUUCUGAAACAGAUGUUAUGAACAAGGAACCUCAUAUUCAUGAAAGUAAUCCAGCAAGUGUUUUUGAAAAGGUUACGCAAAACAAUCAGAAUUUUAUUCCUCUUUUAUUAAAUAUGAAUUCGAAAAUUGAAGAUCAGACAUAUUCGGAACAAGACACGAACCUUGCUAGUAAUAAAAAUAUGCAUUCUGAAGUUCAAGAUAAUGUAUAUUUGGAAGAAGAAAUAAAUUCUGAUACUAUAAGUAUGAAUUCUGCAGAUGAAGAUUUGGUGUAUUCAGAACAAGACAUGAAUCUUGAUGAUAAUAAAAAUAUGCAUUCUGAAGUUGAAGAUAAUGUAUAUUUGGAAGAAGAAAUAAAUUCUGAUACUAUAAGUAUGAAUUCUGCAGAUGAAGAUUUGAUAUACUCAGAACAAGAAAUAAGUUCUGAUAAUACUUUAUAUGUCGAUUCUGCAGCUGAUACGGCAUAUUCAGAACAAGAGACUUAUCCUCAUCAUAUUGUAAAUAUGGACUCAGAAUUUGAAGAGUUGGAACAUUCAGGUGAAGAGAUGAAUCUUGGUGAUAUUGUAACUCACGUGAUAGAUGACCAGUCUCAUGCAAUUAGCUACGAAAUUUUGAAAUCAGGUGAGCAAGCUGAUCAGUACGAGGGUCAGAAUAAUUACGGAAAUGGAGAAUAUGGAUUUUCAGGAGCAUAUGAUAUGUUUUCUCAAACUAUAGAUUCAGACUCCAAUAAUUACGUUUUGAUUAGCACCUUAUCCCCAAUAGCAAUUACAGAUGAGUCAUCAACAGCUGAUUUUCUGGAUGAAGAUAACAAUAAACACAACGUAAUAUAUGAAAAUUCUGAUUCGUUUGAAGAUGAACAAAUGCAUUAUGUUAAUAACUUAAAAGCAAUGUAUCCAGAACAUGAAGGAUUAAUGUCUGUUGAUGAAGAAAUAAAUUCAGAUAUGAACGCCGCGAUUUCUGAUUUAAUUAAUGAAGAUGAAACAAAAUCUUUCGCUGAUAAAACUGAAGACUUUGAUUCAAACGAAUUUCAUGAAAUUUCGAAUAAUGUAAUUAGCACAGAAAGCACUUCAUUUAGAGAAGAUGUUUAUUCUGAUGAUGUAGAAAAUGCUGAAUUAUAUGGUUUAGAAAAAGGUUUGGAUUUGAACACGAAGGAGAACGUACCAUUGCAAGAAGAAACAGGACAUUAUAAAGAACAACAGCAUUUCUUUGAUUUUGAAUCAUCUACAACAUCGGAAAGCAUUCCGAAAAACAUUAUGGAAAUUUCAAAUCGAACAAAUAGCUUUUAUAAUGAAUCAUUCGAAAGCUCUAUAGUUGUGAAAGAUUCAAAAUACGAAAAUGAGGUUGAAAGGGUGCACAUUGCAAAGACCCCGGAAGAACUGUUUAAGACUUCAACAGUUGUAGAUCAUUUAAAUAAUACAUAUGCAGAUAAAAACUCACCAUUUUCAAAAAUUUCUGAAAAAUCAUUUGGAAGCUCUACAUUUGUAGAAGGUUCGAGAGAUAAUAAAACAUAUGAAUAUGGAACAAAUGCAAAAAAUUCUGAAGAAUCAUUGGAGAAUUUUUAUAUUAUAGAAGAUUUAAAAGACAUUAAUAAAGAUGAAAAUGCGCCAUUUGCAAAAAGUACUGAUACAGAUUCAACAGAAGCCGAAUUUUUUCACAUUUAUCCGUCUGCAGACGAUCAGCUCCCAUCUAAAAGUUUUGAUGAACAAGAUGUCACUACUUUACUUACAAAAACAAGAAAAGGUACUCUUUUGGAAACAAAUCUGCAAAAUGAGGCGGAGAUAUCAGAUAAUUUAAACAGCCAUCUAACUGAAAAUGAAAAUGGAGCUUUUAAUGAAUUGAUAUUAAAUAAGUUUAAAAUUAAUCAAGCAAACACCAUGAAAGCUACAAGCGGAUUUGUUGAAGAGUCACAGGGCGAAGAAGAAAAACCAAUUGAUUCAGUGUUCCAUUCAAGUUCUAUGCCACUACCAGCUAACAUUUUUGAACAAGGUCUGUACAAGCAGAAUUUGCUACAGGAUGAAAACUAUCAAAUCAACAGAGACAAAAUUUAUCCAUCUACAUUUUAUAAAGAGCUUGAUGAAUCACAGGAAAAACCUAAAAAUGAGAAGUCUGCAGUUGUUAAUACAUCACAUAAUAAAAAAUAUAGAAGCUUGAAUUCUAAUUUUCCUCUUGAUGAAAUGAAUUUAGAAAAUGUAGACGAUUUAUCUUCAAAAUAUCGUGAACCUUCGUUACUUUCACUUUUCGAACCUUCACAGACUGUCAAGAAGCUUCUUCCCAUAGACUUUUUUGGUUUAAAAAGUAGUAGCAUUUUCUCUCCGCCUGUAGGAAAAAUAUCAAAACCAAUUGAAGUAAAGAAAUUGGUUGCGUUCGGAAAAAACUUACUUGCAUUUAAAAGAGCUAAGCUCAAUGAUUUUAAAUUAAUGUUUGAUUCAUUUAUGAACGAGAUUUAAAAAUGUAAAUGUUGUUUUUAAUAUUUUAAAUAAAUGUUUAUUUAUUAUCUCAA